AUGCUGUUCGAAAGCAAUCACGAUGCAAAAAUGACGCGCACACGCAAUAGACCGCUGGUCAGAGGACUGGUGAGCUCUCGUGCUGCUGCAGUGUUUGCACUGGCUGCCGGCGCUGUAGGUACUGGCAUCUUGUGGUACGGUGUCAAUCCGACCACGGCCAUGUUGGGCGCUGCCAAUGCCGUCCUGUACGCCUGCAUAUACACCCCACUCAAGCGCAUACAUCCCGUAAACACCUGGAUAGGUGCCAUAGUCGGCGGCAUCCCACCAUUAAUGGGUUGGUGCGCAGCUGCAUCAGCAGGAGGAUGGCUACUAGCCGCUCUGCUCUUCGCCUGGCAAUUCCCCCAUUUCAACGCCCUCGCUCACCCUAUCCGCCACGAGUACUUUGCCGCUGGUUACCGCAUGUUGGUUUCUCUGAACCCGCGCAUGAACACACGUGUCGCACUCCGCUACUCUCUCCUCAUGUUCCCCAUCUGCAUCGGCCUCAGCUACGUCAAUGUCACCGACCGCUAUUUCGUCGUCACUUCAUCCGCGAUCAACGGCUGGAUGGCCUACGAAGCUUUCCGCUUCUGGCGCAGUGGAGGUGGAGAAACAAAGACUGCGGUAUUGACCGCGCGAGGUUUAUUCUGGGCUUCGGUGUGGCAUUUACCGCUGGUUCUUGUCUUGGCCAUGGCGCACAAGAAGGGUCUUUGGGAUGGCGUUUAUAGGAGCGUCAAAGGCUUGUUGGGCUAUCCCGAUGAUGAAGAAGAUGAGUGGGAGUGGGUUGAUGAGGAUGAGAAUUGAAAGCAUCGCCUCUUUGUAUUGUAUGCUGUAUUUUACGUAGCGGAAUUUCUAUGCGCUCCUGAAACAUUCAGACUUUAGCAGGAAUAUCUCGUCUCAUCUCAUGCAACUCUUGACCAUCAUCAGACCUAGGUGGCUGCUUGUGAAUCCGAUUCGCAUUCUUAUCUUGGCAGGGACGAUUUAUGUCUGUACAUGUGUUUGAGAAGACAUUUAUUUUUUCCAACCCCAUUGAUUUGACAGCACUUCAUGAAACCUUGGUUAUUGCUGUCAUUUUGUACCAGCUUCUUCAAACACGCUUAAUGAUAACUCUUGAAAAAUCGACAUUGGCGUUCUUGUCUGAUAGCAC